AUGCUUAAGUGCAGCACGGAGGAGGAUCGUUCGAUAGCGCUCAAUUUCCGGAUGCUCGAGCGCAUCCUGCGCUUCGUGGCCGUUUGGCCAACGGACUACAAUCCGUAUCUACCGGCCCAGCUCCGGGGUCGCUACUUCCUGUCGCAUCUCCUCGACGCACUCUAUCUGCUGUUCUGGCUCUGCAUCUGCCUGCACAUUGCCACGUUCCACGUCAUCAGCGUCACGACCGUACCGGUGAGCUACGACGAGCUGUUCCUCGCGCUGAUCACCACCAGCAUCUAUUCGAUCAUGACCGCCAUGUACGGAUAUCUGCGGUUGUACGAGCGAAAGGUACGCCAGCUACGUGAGUACUCCGAUCGACUCUUCCGCCAACGAUCGGCCCCCGGGGUGUACUAUCUGUCCAUCAGUUCCUGCUACCGAUUCGCCAAUCGGUGCCUCGGUUGGUGGUUAAUUUUCUGCAUCAUCGGUACGAUGCACUGGGCCAUCUAUCCGAUUCUGUCACAGAACGGGCAACUACCAUUUCCCUGCUGGUAUCCGGUCGAUGUGCAGCGCUCACCGUUGUACGAGUUGGCCUACAUGUGCCAGGUGCUCGGUCAACUGCAGGUCAGUCUGGUGUACGGACUCGCCGGAGCUCUCUUCAUGGUGUACGUCUUCAUCGCCUGCAACCAGUUCGAUAUGUUGAGCUGCAGUCUGCUGAAUGUGCGCCAUACGGCCAUGCUACUGAACGGAGGCUACGAAGCCGAACUGCGUCACGCACAAGCCCACUGUACGGUCGAGUUUCGCGAUUACUUCCUUCAGGAAGCGUUCCUGGAGGAUCUCGAUAAGGCGACCGAUGAGAUGGUCUUGCGAGAUCCUCAUAGACACCCGACCGGGAAGCUGCUGCCCACUGGCCGGCACUAUCUGGAGGAACUGUCGAGCGAACUGACGGACGCUCUCGGUGAUUGCGUUCGCCAUCAUCUGGUGUUGCUGGAGUUCUGCGAGAUGCUGGAAGAGUGUUACCAUCCUUACGUGCUGCUGAAGCUGUUCCAGAUACUGUUGCUGCUGUGCUUUCUCGCCUUCAUGGCCACCGUGGUGGGUAACUCGGAAAGUUUGUCGACAAUGAAGUUAAUUAACGUGCUCGAGUACUUUAUGCUGACGAUGACGGAACUCUACCUCUACUGCUUCCUCGGCCAGAUCCUGAAGAACCAGGGCCUGAAGGUUGGUGAUGCGCUCUGGAAGUCACCGUGGCAGCUGUGCGGUGCCUCGUACCGUCGCCGGAUGCUCAUCAUCCUGAUGAAUGCACAGCGCCCGGUACGUCUGACCGGGUUGAAGCUGUACGAACUCAACCUACAGACCUACUACUCGGUUCUGCGAGCUGCCUUCUCUUACUACACCAUCAUCAAGAAAUUUCGGUAA